AUGACUAAACUACAGGCUGUUGAAUAUGCUGUUAUCAAGAUACCUGACAUUUUACCUCUACAAGAAUCAGAAGUAAGGGCAUUGUGUGACCAACUUCUUACGUCUUCAAAUGGAAAUCCAGAUAGAAUAGCAGAAGGCUUCCUGGAUAUACUGGGACACAGUGAUCUUUCAUUUGAUUUCGUUAUUGGGUUUAAUAAUCUCUUAUCAGCAGAGGAGCAGAAACCAGCAGUAGAAUCACAACCCAAGAUUCCACCUCCCAAAGAAUCAAAGAAACCCGUUUACAGAGAGAGAAGUACACCUUCACUGCCGUCAGAACACCUGUCCAAAAAGAAUAACAGUAGCAAUAGCAAGAGCAGUAACAGUAACAGUAACAAUAAUAAUACCAAUUCUCAGGACAAGAAAAAUCAAAAGGAAAAAAAGAAUCAAAAAGGACAAUUACUACGAGAAAUUGAACAAGUCUCUAAAUUUCUAGAGCAGGAGCCAAACCCUAACGACGUACAAAAAUUUGCAUGUAAUUGCCAAGGAAGUCGCCACCCUCUUUUUGAAGCAGCUCCUAAUUGUCUAUCUUGCGGUAAAAUUAUCUGCAUUCGUGAAGGGCUCCAUUUGUCAGGUUGUUCACACUGUGGUCAAGAUUUCAUUUCACUAGAAGAAAGGUUCAAGAUUUUACAACUUUUGAAACAAGAGAAAGAAGAACUAGAAAAUGGUUCUGCUAGACCGCCUGAACCUACUGAAAAGCAACGUGCUGGCAAGAACAAAGCCGGUAAAUCUUACAAAAUUUCUACUGGUAUAGGUACCAACCUUUUCACCGAACAAGAUAAACUAUUUGACCUUUUAGAAAGACAGAAAGAGAGGGAGAAGAGACGUGAAAAAGUAUUGAGAACUAAAGAAGAUGAACAAAAGCAAGAGGAACAAAAUAAAAUUGUGCAAGAACGAGAAGCUAGUCUGGACCCGGAGUUAGCGCAAGCACAGGACAGAUUGGAUAAAUUAUUAUAUUUCCAGGACACAUCUGCGGAGCGUACCAAAAUUAUUGAUAAUGUAAGUGAUUUCAGCAUGGCUAAUGAUAGUAAUCAAUGGGGAAGUGCUCGUGAACGAGCACUAAUGUUAAAGAAACAACAACGUAAUUUGAGAAAAUGGCAAAAGCUGGAAAAUGAAAGGAAUGGUCGUCGUGAUAAAUACGUUGUUAGUAUGGAUAUUGGUCCCAAUGGUAAAGUUACCAUGAAGGAAGUACACAAAGACAGAGGAGGUGCCGUAGCUCACUCAGAUGAAGAAAUAAGUGAUGUCAGUGAUGAAGAGGAUGCAAGAGAUCUGAAGACCAUACAUGCAUUGAAAGAUGAAAUUGAAUCUGAUAGAAGACAGAAAGGUUCCAAACUAGAAAGUAACACUUGGGAUUAUGAACGAGACAAGAAACAAUUUAAAAGACCCGUUUAUAUUGGUAAAGAUACAGAGGAUGUUUCUAAAUCAGCUAAACAACAACAAGAUCACGCUAGGAAACCCAGGGUACAAGCAGAUGGAAGCGAUGAGCAUUUUUGGGAUAAGCUUGUUUGA